UUCUUCGACAGUCAUGGUUAGCGACGAGUUUCGUAUGAAACAUUUUUCUCUGCGGCAUUCAGCUCAACGUGAGUUUACAAGCUCCAGGGUAAGUAUAAACUAUUGCAGGCUAUGAACAGUCCAACCUUUUGACGAGGGGUGGGGAUUAAGAUUGCAUUUCAUUUCUUCAAACGGAGGGAACCAUCAUAUCUGCUGGUCAAGACAUGAUAAUAAACGAGCUCCGAGUAAGUUGGAGCCUUAAGUAGAGAAGGAGUAAUUUCGAAACUGCAGAAUUCUUAUAAGAAACUGCUUUCGUGACGACCACUUUUCAGCUGACAAUUCGCGGAAGCCAAUGCCUGUGACACUGCCGACUCGACAAAGAGUAAUCAAUAGUUAACACUUUCAGUGAACCAGAUACAAGUAAACAUAAGCAGCCUUGUAAAAUAUUUUGCACCAAAAAAAUUUGCAACUUUAAUCAUCCAAUACAGGCCCACCAAAGCCGGAUGUGAAGUUGAAGAAAGUGAAAGAUUGUCAUCAUAGCACUCUGACCCCCAUGUUAAUGUUAGAGACAGUUCAACAUUACGGCUUCAACUAGCGAAUAUGGAUCUGUUCUCUAAAAUUUUUUCGGCCCUUCGGGCCUCAGUUUGUUGUAAAAAUAAGGGGGGCCCCCUCCCCUGUAUCUGCCACUGCAUGGUUAAAACCAACCGUCAAGGUUUCCUUGAUUGUUUUUUUUCUUAGUAUCAUUAUAACUCAUAUAUAUUUGAUCACGAGAUCAACACUGGACCAUGAGUCUCUCCCACUUGAUCUUUUUAGAAUUCCUGACCAACCAGACUCCAACAAGUCUAAUUACGGAAUAUUUAACCAUCGGCCGAAUGGGCUAUUGACUCAGAGGCCAUGAGGGCGAGAGGAAUAAUUGUUUUAGUAAAAUCCAACUAGUUGGUCAAAAAUAUCGAGAAUAAAAAAAUUUUAGCUAGUUAAAGCUGGACUUUAAUCCUUUUUUGCCACCAAAAAGCCCGCUCUUUUCGCUACUAGUGGGCUAUAACAUAUAGCCUAGUAGUAGCUCAACCAAUUAGAACGCAGCACUGAUAAUAGACCACUAGUUGGAUUUUACUAGAAACACAUAAUCCGUAGUAAAUAUUGAACUGCUAAAUGGAUUUUACGUUGUGGAUUCCCGACUCCAGGUACUGGAUUUUCAAAUUCCUUGUCAGUGCAACUUGCAUUCCGGAAUCCAAAGCCAAGGAUUUCGGAUUCCACGGGCAGUAAUUUCUGGAAUUCUGAAAUUAUAGCAAGGGGGAAAGAUUGCGCGUUUGAAACUGAAUGAAAGAUGUUCAGCACUAACAGACCAUAUAAUGUCCUUUUCCUUACUUAGGCCUAAAGCAAACGAGAGACUAAUGCACCACUACCCUAUGAAAUCCCACAACUUGCUCGUACGUUAAGUUAACAGGCCAUGUGGUGUAGCCUCACCACCUAUUCAGAUAAUUAAACUGCUUAUGUUCAUCUGACCCAUAAACCCAAUGGGACGAGUAAGCCACGAUGUUAGCACGUAGUUCUUGCAGCUUGCAUUCGAAUACUCCCGCGAAAUUACAAUUCGUGAAAUUAGAACAUAUUACCUGACUUUGGUCAACUGGUAUCUCAAGGGGACCAAAGAUGGGAACGAAGAAUUAGGCUGGAAUAUCGAAGGCUUGAGUCAUGCCUUUUGAAGAAAUCAUUUUGGGUGAAAGUUUUUAAAUCCCCUCGACGUCCUUUUCCCUCUCCUUUCACCGUUGGCCUCAAAAUUGGACUAAUCCACUUAAACCUAUCACUAAACAACAUUACAGGGAGAAAUGGAGGUAAAACAGUUGUGCGGUGACCCAAAUUAGGUGUCCUUGAUUGUAGCCUGCGAUCAUGCCUUCCCUAUAUCUCAUGUUAUAGAACGCCUGACAAAAAGUUAGCCAGAAACCGUCAGCAUUUGAAGUAUUCAUGGAAGCUCUGUUCUCACAAAUCUGAUGUCUUUUUCAAAUGUCUUUUCCAGUGGCUCGCUAUGCCUGUUUUUGUGGUGUAUCGCCUGAUGAUCGCGGCAUACAAUCUAACGUGGCUUAUCUACAAUAUAUACCUGAAAGGAGCCAAGCUGUUUAUUUACAUCACAAACUGGAGUUAUACACUCUUUGUUGUCUACUUUACUAUUGCAACCAUUCUUUCCUGCAUUGAAAAGUGUAACGAUCUGAAAAAGGAACUAGACAAUGCUUCUGGUGAAAGCGAUAAAGAAAUGCCAGAAGAUGGGAUAGAAAUGAAGAUCUAUGACGUGGAUGAUGACCCAAUAACGACCGACGGAGAGAAAGACGCUUUGGGAUUUGGACAUAAACUACUUUGGUUUCUUCACACAAUCUCUGCUACUGGAGGUUUGUGGGUGACCGUGGGGUACUGGGGCGUACUUUUCGAGGAUGGGAAAGUUGACGCCAAUAACCUCACAAAGGAAGUGUUUAGUUCUGUGUUUAUGUUAAUGGACACGUGUCUCAGCUUGAUUCCAGUGCGUGUUGUUCAUUUUGUGCAUGCGCUCCUGUACCUUGCUGUGUAUCUUCUUUUCUCCGUGGUUUAUUGGAAGCUGGGCGGAACCAACAUCGAAGGAAAACCUUACAUCUACAAAGUCCUGAAUUACGACGACUUCAAAGCCAUUACUGGAGUUGUUUUAGUGGUUCUACUGAUAGUGGGUGUACCUCUAUUGCAUCUAUUUGUGUUCGGCAUCACGAAGUUUCGAGAUUAUCUUCAUACAAAGUAUCAUGAGAGAAAAAAGCCAUAUAGGGGCAUAUACAGGAUGAUAUCGAUUAUGGGAGACAAUUGA